UGCAAGUUUUAAAACAUAAACAUAACUUGUAAUUCAAAGAAAAUAAACUAAUAAUGGCUGGACGUGGGCGUGGUGGCAAAACAGGCUCGCUCACUGCCGAGCAGAUGCAAGCACUGGGCUGUGUGGGCAAAGAUAUGCCCCAAGUGCAAUCGGCGCCGCCGCCAACAUUUCCCCCGGUGCUCAACAAGCCAAUCACACUUGAAACAACUGCCUCACAGAACUAUCAGCUGCUGUGGAAGGAAGACUUUCUAAACCGCAUGCGGGACUCCCCCUACUACAUCAUUUCAGCCAGUCAAGAGAAACAAAAAUCCAGCGUUAAAGAUUGGCGAGAGAAGGCUCUAGAGCGCCUCAAGAAUAAGGCAGAGCCCGAAUUCAAUUAUAAGGCUAUGCCGCGGGAAGUAAACACAACCAGUCGAAAGAGGCGCGCCGCAGAACCGAGACCCAAACUGGUAGCAAAGAAAACAAACAUUGAGGAUAGACUGAAACAGUUGGAGCAGAAGGAGCUGAAGAGCAGCGGCGACAACGAAAACGAUGAGGUCAAGCAGGAGAGCGACUCGGAGCAUGAGGAUGAGCCCGAAGAUCCUGAGGCGGCGCUUGAUGAUGAAAUGGACGAGGAGAACGAUUAUGCCAACGAUUAUUUUGACAAUGGCGAAGCCUACAACGAGGAGGAUGACAACCUGGACGAUGGUCCCGUAUACUAAGCAAGAAAUAAACUAUUUGAUAAACAGUG